GUUGAAGAUGCUGGAGAAAUUCCCGUCGAAGCUGGCCAAACACAACGCGAAGCGAAAGAAAGUUGAUCCCAAUGGCCACUGCUACCAGGCUGUCUUUGUUGAGGCCCUCACAUGUCGCCUGCAAACGAGUACAUGGAGAGCCAGCCAACAGGUGGCGACAAGUGGGUACCGACAUGAUGUAAAGGCAUACUGGUACAACUGCUGCCACCAGCUACUCCAGCAUAUAGUAUUCAUGCACUAUCUGAGCAACUUUGACCCUGUCUUCCAAGACGGGAAGGCUGAGUCCGAAUGCCUUUUCUGGCAAAUGGUGUUGGACUGUGAUAUGAUCGACUGCAUACCGAAGCAGAAUGGAGAAUGCAGAGAUGAAGCGCUGCAUCGAGUGCACCGGGACCUCGUUGGACUCCUGGCUCAAUUUCUGACGAAUCUGCGUAUGCGGAGCUUGAAAAGUAGCUGCGACGAGGAUUCAGAAUGGUGGUUCCAGCAAUUCGUCUUGCUUCGGUAUCAGUCGUAUUGUGCCCAAACCAUGCAGGAGUUGAUGGAAGUGGAGGAGAAGCUGCAAAGAGAACUUCCUAGCACUUUCGACCCAGCAGAGAAGCAACGUGUUACGUUCACGAAGCUGUUUGCUCGGAUCUAUUUUUUUGCUAUGGCUCCGGCAAGUCUGCCAUGCAAGUCUUGUUUAUCGCAUGCACCGAAUCAGGGAUGCGAGGAUUGUGCACGUUUGGGAGCGGCAGCCGAGGAGUUGAGACAGGUGCUGGCAGAUUCGUCCAAACGACUGGAGAAGGUGAAACAAGCCUCAAAAGCCUUACGUGAUUUUGCCUGGGAAGUGAACGAUCUUGAACGGCAGGCAGGCUGUUCAUGGUUUCAGCUGCACAUCCGUCUGUUGCAUCAAGCCUGCAAGCGCCACUUGCAGCGAGCCCUGCAGCCUGCUGAUGUAACUGCCCUUCAGCCUGCAAUGGAUGUCAUAGAAAAGGACAUGAAAUCUGCUGCAGAUCUUCUGGACGUGCCGGAGUUUGCAGGGCAGCCGAACCCACCCGUGGUAGUACUGCACCUUUGA